AUGGACUCUAUACCGUUCAGGAAAGACUCUACACGUAGGAAAUCGCUAUCGGAAUUAUCCACACAUAUGCAAAUGCAAUCUUACUAUCAACAACAGUAUCAACAAGCACCCUCAUCCAUUCCAUCUUCAUCGCUACAACAUAUGCCACCAUCAUCACCAAACCACUUGCCGCCAAUUUAUCCGCACCUUUCCGCCUCUCCUUCUUCCUCCAUAACGCAUACUCCCCCACCACUUCAUCAUUCACC